AUGGUCACACCCUGCCCCUCCCCCCCACCAACCACUAACCUGCUUGCCUCUGCAUCUGCCUCUCUGCUUUCCACACCUUCUUCGACUCAUCCCCCUCAUACGCGCUCAGCAAAUCUGCAUCCUCCCCUCCUCCUCCGCCCCGCCCCCCUCUCACACCCGCGUUUCGCUGCUCUCCCCCCUCUCCCGCGCACUCCCCAUAUCCCCAUCUGUUACUCUAAAACCCGUGCCCUCCACGUCAAGGCUGCUGCCACGUGGUCCCUGACCACGUCCUCGUCCGGCCUGCUGACGUGGCAGAUUCGCUGUUCCGCCGCCUCCCCUACUUCCGAAAUCACGCCUGUUUCCGCUACCCCGCGCAUCAGAUUCUGCUCCCGCCGCAUUCCCCCCACCCCGCCCUCUCCCCCUUCCGCUAUCCGCGUAAUAGCCGUCAUCUUCCCACCACCCGACCUCCGCUUCCCCGCCACCCCAUCUCCCCUGCUCGCCGACCGAUCUCCCGUGCAACCCGCCCGAGUUCCCGUUCCCGCGGCCCGAUCUCCCAUUUCUGCCGCCCAAUAUCCCCUUCUCGCCUCCUCUCGCCUCCCCGCGCGUGCUCCUCUCGCCUCUCAGCGCGUGCUCCUCUCCCCUCCCAGCGCGUGCUCCUCUCCCCUCCGCGUGCGUGCUCCUCUCCCCUCCGCGUGCGUGCUCCUCUCCCCUCCGCGUGCGUGCUCCUCUCGCCUCCCCGCGAGUGCUCCUCUCCCCUCCCCGUGCGUGCUCCUCUCGUCUCUCCGCGCGUGCUCCUCUCCCCUCCCCGCGCGUGCUCCUCUCCCCUCCGCGUGCGUGCUCCUCUCCCCUCCGCGUGCGUGCUCCUCUCCCCUCCGCGUGCGUGCUCCUCUCGCCUCCCCGCGCGUGCUCCUCUCCCCUCCCCGUGCGUGCUCCUCUCGCCUCCUCGCGCGGCAUCCCCCCUGCACGCCCUCAUUUCCCCCCCUGCACGCCCUCAUUUCCCCCCCUGCACGCCCUCAUUUCCCCCCCUGCAGGCUCUCAUUACCCCCCUUUUAUGCACCCGUUUCCCCUCUGCUCACUCUCUUUCACCCCUCACUCACGCGUUUUCCCCUCUGCUCACUCUCUUUCCCCCACACUCACCCUUUCUCCCCUCUGCCCACUCUGUUUCCCCCGUCACUCACCUUCUUACCGAAUUCUCACUUUUCAUUCACCCCUUUUUCCAAUCCCGCUUCCCCUUUUCCAUCUCUCCUUCAUGCCUCCCACCACCUCUCCCUGCCUUCCUUGCUUCUCUCCUUAUCUCCUUCAUGCCUCCCACCAUCUCGUUUUCCUUCUCAUCUCUUGUGGGCCACAUCACAAGGCCCGUCUGCCCUCUCACACUCUUCCUGCCAUUCUCACUCUCGCAAUCCUCACCGCCGUCCCUUCCUUCCUGUAACCAAUCUCCCCUCCCCCCUUUUCCCUUCCUUCCCUCCACUUCCUCCCCUUCCCUUCCUUCUCUCCCCAUCAUUCCCUCCCCUUCCUCCCCUCCCCUUCAUCCCCAUCCCUGCCCUUUCCUCCCUGCCCUUCCCUUCUCGACCCCGCCCUUCUACGUCACUCCUCGCCUUCUGCCCUCCAGUUCAUGUGCAUGUGCUGCCAUCACUUUUGCCCCAUACAUGCAUCUUAUUAACUCAUGUUUACUCGCUUGUAUUCCCUUUUCACCCUCCGUCCCUUCAAAUCUCCCCUCACUUACUACCCAUCUCCCUGCCUUUCCAUCACACCUCCCUGCCUUCUCAUGGAUUUGAGGCACCAUUGCGACACCAGGUGUCAUACAACCUGUAA